GAUUACCGAUUUAAGUAUAAAAGUAAUGAAAAGGAACUUUAUUUAGGAGAUAUUCUUUUAACAGUCUUCUUUUAUAACAGAAUGGUUAUGAAUAGAGAUUUCAUUAAAUUCCAACGGAUUAUUACACAUUUUUUAUGAUAUUUAAAUUGAGUAAUUUUCGGGUCAAAAUAUGAAAACUGCUAAAUGUACUUGUCGUUGUACAUGUAAAUCUGAACAAAAUUCAGAUAUGGAUAAUUCACUACGAAAUCAACAUUGUUCAUUACAGAUCUCCAAUAAUGAUACAACUGAUGGUGUCACUUCAACAAAUUUCACAGAGGAACAAAAGAAUAUGAUACUUAAAAUAGAAGCCUAUAACAGGGAAAUUAUAAAAGAAAUAGAAAGACUGCAAACGGAAAGUGGGAAAACUAAUGAUGCUAUAAGUCUUUUAAAAGAACACUUAAAUAUUUCACAAAGUUCCUUCAAAUCGCCUCAGGCUUUUCAAAGAAAAAUAACUUCAUGUAGUAGUGUUCAUCAUCAUAACUCUAGUAUUUCUGGUUCUAGCACUUCUUCAUCUAGUAUGCACAAUAACAGUUUCUUGUGUAAAAAUGACUAUGAUCCAUCAUUCGAAGGCUUACAACAAAUAUACCAACUGAAUAACGUUCAGUUAACAGAACGCAUGGAAUUUCUCAGAAAUCGACAAUUGCAAUUGAUGUCAAGGAUACAAAGUUUGAAGCAAUCGAGAUUGGUACUUAUGCAUCAUAUGCAGCAGCUAUAUGAAACACAGAAGAUGAAAUCAAAAAAUGAAAACCUUUAUCAAGAGACUGACAAUCAAGUUUGCUAUGAAUGUCGUGAAAAUAUUUCACAUCCUCUCGUUGAUAAAACACCAGAUCUUCAUACAUCUUCAUGGUUAUCUCAUACAAUAAAACAUUGUUCUGGCAGUUUCCCAUUAAAUUCAAACAUGAUGAGAUCAUUGGUUGAUCGUGAAUGUCAAACCAGUUUCAAUGCAGAAUCACAGGAAAAAUUGAGUAAUAAUAGACUAGAUCAUGAGUUUUGUUUAUCAACAUUCAUGAAACAUAAUUCAUUACCUACUUAUUCUAAUAACGAUAGUUGUAAUUACGCUGAUAAUGUAAUUUCAAAUACUACAUCCAAUGUUUCAGCAUUGGCAAUGAUAGCAGCAAUGACAGCAGCUACAAUCUUUAAACGAACAUUUCAGCAAUCUGUCUGCCAAGUACCUAACACAAAUUCAGAUAAUUUAUAUAAAAAGGACUUUGAACUAAAAAAUGAUUCUGCACUUAAUUCUUCAAUAUUACCUAUGGAAUCACAGUAUUGGUCAGAGUUACACAAUCGUCCCUCUGUCAAGAAAGAUGAUCCAAAUGAAUGUCUAAAAGAUGACUAUCAAUUCUACAAUCACACUACUUUCAGCAAGCCUCCCUGCAUCAGUACUAGAACAGAUCUACUUCCACCUCCUCAGCCUGCAUCAAGUUCUUCUUCAUACUACUUAGAUAAUAAAAAUCUAUUUCCAUCUAUCUCUUCUUCAGAUACGAGCAAAUUACUGAACAGCGGCUUACUAAUUCCAGCUAUAUCACAUGAAACAGAACUGAUAAAUCCAUUAGAAUCUGCUUAUUUUCAUAAUAUACCAAAAAGUAUGAAAAUAUCUAACCUUGAUUCAUCAAACACUUGUGAAACAGAACAAACGAAAGGUUAUGAACGGAAAGAAUCAAAGUUAAAAAACUCCCUAGAUAAUAAUGAAAUGCACAAUAACCCUCGAUUGGCAACUUCCAGCAAGACACGUGACAGAUUUUCUGAUCGUUUAUUACAAGCUCGCCAAGCGAUUGAUGAAUGGAAUUUUCAAAAACAUUAUGAGGUAAGCGACAAGGUAAACCAACGGGAAAGUCUGGCCACUGAAAUAAACAAUCAAUUAAACGUAGUGAAUGAAAAAUUAGUAAAUAAUCAGUCAUAUUCUCAACAAAGUCUUCUGGUAAAUAAAUUAAAUUUUUGCAAAGAAUGUUGCUUAGCUCCCGAUUUUGUGCCUUCAACAGUUGCUUCAAGGACUAAUACUUCCAACGACUGUUCUAACCAAUGUGCAGAAAUUAUUACAAAAAAUAUAUAUUCAGAUAGGAGUCAUCCUAAAGCUACAUUCACAAACUCACAACCUAAUUUAUCAAAACCAAUGCCAAUUCAAAUUGUCAAACCGGCAAUUAGAAAUCAUGUACAUGUUACAAAAGCUAAUGACAAUAUUAAACAAAUAGACGUAAAAACCGAGAACCAAGGUGUAGAUAAUAAAGGAAUUCAGACACAUCGUUCACAGCAACAUGAAAAUCGUAGCAUUUGCAAAUACAAGGACAAGAAAGAAAUCAAUGAUAAACGACAAAUUAAAGGUGUGCUAAUAAAUGAAAGUUCAAAGUCUGAAAGAAGUAAUAGAACAAAUAGAAAUUCUAGUACACAGCGCAGUGUAGCAUGGGUUGACGAAGUUUUGUCACAUCCAUUGUCUAACAGUGCUAAAUCUGAUAGUUUUGUAUCUAACACAAAUGCCCAUUUGGAACCUCAAAUUGAUGUAACUAAUAGUUCUAGUAACAACUGUAGGGAGAGACUUAACAAAUAUUCCAACCACUAUAAUGAUAAGAAUAUAACUGUAUCAAAACAUAUUGAAACACAUCAACCAAUCAAAACAAUACCAUCAACUGUAGUGACAACUGCAUCGCGUCGACUGCUUCCAACUCCAAAUAACAACAUAAUGAACACAAAUUAAUUGGUCAGAUAAAAUUGAAAAACUUUAUUUUUGAUAACUUAACUUAUUUUAUUAAUCAGAUAAAUGGGAAUCAUUAUAAAGUUAUUUUACAUUUACCGAUUUGUUCAUUUUGAGUUAUAGUAUUCAGAUUUAAUCAUAUAAUUUGAUACAAAUAGUAUUAUUAUUCACUGUAUCAGUAUGAAGUAUGUUUUUAAAAGAAAAAUACAUAAUAGUCAACUUUGUGUUAGUCUACUGUAUUUUGAGAUAUAUUUAUUAUACAUCUUUUUCACUAUCAUGUAUGAUCAAUUGACUUCCUUACUUUAGAUAAUAUAUGGUAGAUGAAUAAUUUCACCCUAACUGUUUAAGGUACCUGUUAUAUUCGCUACUUGAUUAACUCAGAAUACAGUAAACAGCUACGAAACUCGAACGUAGGCAACCAUACAGUAGCAAAUCAGAAGAUAGAUGAAGAUUGUGAAAGUGCUUGUUGGGUAAGAAUCUAAAUGUACAGAAAAUUACGGGUAUUUAUAGAUAUUAGAGUUUGUUAUAUCAACAUUCUAAUUCAGCCAGUCC